AUGUCUUCCUCAUCCUCCCCUUCGUCCCCCUUCUCCCCCAACAAUCCCUUCGCUUCCUCCACAAACCCUUUCACCCCCUCAGUUACUACCACCAACCCAUUCUCUUCAGUCUCCUCGCCCACAUCCCCCUAUGCGUCUCUCUCCUUCCGCAAAACCGACACUAUCCGCUUCCUUAACUUCCCCCCCUCCGUAACCUCAAGUCUCGAAGCCAUCGUCCUCGCCUCCUGGCCCCCAGGUCUAGAAUCCCAAGGCAGCACCACCAACAGCGACAAGACAGGCGCCACCAGCAACUGCUCCGUCGUUGAGUUCAAAUGCAAGGGCCGGCCGUUCGGCCACUUCAACGACCAGCAACGUGUCGGCGGGUUGCGGAUGGUGCGCAACGUGAUGAUCCUGUUGCGGAACCAGGGUUGGGAGCCCGCUGCGGCGCUCAUGUGCAGUCGGCGAUACACGGCCAAGGACACGUUGUUUUUUCGGCAGGUUGGGCUCGCUAGGGGGGAGGCAGCGGUGGUUCCGGAGGUGGAAUGGGCGGUAAUAUCGCCGAUGGGGAUGGAUAAGCUGCGGGUGGUUUACGAUGCGGAGGGGGUAAAACCGUAUGAUAAAGUGGGAGGGGAUGAGGAUGCGGAGGGAUCGGAUCGGGAUUAUUUGGGGGUUUUGAUCACGAAGAUUAAGAAGACGCUUCAGGAGUUGGGGAUGUUUUCGAAGGGGGACUGGAGUCAUGACUCGUUUGAGUUUGAGUUCAAGAGCUGGGUGUGGCGAGCGAGGGGCGAGACGAGCGACGCAGUGAGGAUCAUGUUUAUGAGGUUGUUGGAGUUGAUGGAGGAUGAGGGAUGGAGGCUGUACACGUCGUUUGUGCUGUACACUGGGACUGAUGAGAAGCGGAUAUUGGAUUCGUGGUAUUUUGUACGGGAGAAGAGAUCCACAGCGAAAGCGACAUGA